AUGUCUGUUCGUUACUUGACCGCAAAACUCGCGCAGCAAAUUGAUGAGGAGCUCAUGAGUGCGACCGGGGCUUUCAGCCUUGACCAGUUGAUGGAACUAGCUGGUCUGGCUUGUGCGCAAACCCUGGCGACCGUAUACAGCAAGGAGAAGUAUCCUCGGGUACUUGUCUGCUGUGGUCCAGGGAAUCAGGGAGGUGACGGACUAGUUGCUGCGAGACAUCUCGGUAUGUUCGGCUACAAGCCGACGAUCUGGAUGCCCAAGCCAGGCUCGAAGGAUAUCUACAAGCGCUUGAAGACGCAAUGUGAUAACAUGAAAAUCCAGACCCUUGCUCCCGCAGAUGACACAAGUACCCUUCGCGAUGUUCUCGCUCGGUCGGACGUGAUAUUGGACGCCAUUUUCGGCUUUUCCUUCAAGCCACCCGUUCGCGCUCCGUUUGACACCGCGCUCCCCCUGAUCAGCGAUUCUGGCUUGCCCAUCGUGUCCGUGGAUAUACCAUCAGGAUGGGACGUCGAAAAAGGGAAUGCAGAGGGUGUGGGCCUGAACCCUGAGGUGCUGAUCAGCUUAACGGCUCCCAAAGAGGGCGUCAAGACGUUCGCCGGCAGACACUUCUUGGGUGGUCGCUUCGUUCCAAAAUCAAUGGAGAAGUUCGACCUCAAUCUUCCGGAGUAUCUUGGAUUUGACCAGAUAGUCGAGCUUCCUCGUGCCGGUACACAGAAACUGUAG